AUGAUUGAGCGGCUUCACCGACAGCUCAAGGCAGCCAUCACGUGCCGCCCUAACUCAGCUUGGCUCGAGGCUCUCCCGGCCGUCGCUCUUGGUCUGCGCGCCACUUUCAAAUCAGACAUCCAAGCAACGCCCGUAGAACUGGUUUACGGGGAGCCGCUUCGCCUACCUGGGGAACUUCUCUCCGCUCCAACUUCCGACAUCACCAGCUCGGACCCGACAGACUUUGCCGCCCGGCUGCGUCGCACAAUGGCCUCACUGCGCCCGUCACCAGCAGCACGUCACACCAAGCCGACCCCGUUCGUGUUUAAAGACUUGGCUACGUGCUCACGUGCCUUUCUCCGCGACGACACUGUACGUGCGCCGUUUCAACCACCUUACUCCGGACCCUAUAAAGUCAUCCGCCGUGACAACAGAACAUUCACCCUUCAAAUCAGCGGGAGGGAUGUUCGCGUCUCCAUCGACCGACUGAAGCCAUCAUACAUUCUCUCUGUGAGAAUGUAUGAUGGCUUCAGUCGGUCACCCACAACAGCUUCCAACGCCUCGGCCCGUGCCCUACAUCACGCGCUUUGGACGGCACGUGCGCAUCCCCAAUGCUCGAUGGCUUCAGUCGGUCACCCACAACAGCUUCCAACGCCUCGGCCCGUGCCCUACAUCACGCGCUUUGGACGGCACGUGCGCAUCCCCAAUGCUCUUCAAACCUGA